GACUCCCACCGCCGCACUCGCCCUCACGCCGACCGCUGCGCACCCGCCCUCGCCUUGCACCGCCUGCACGCCCGCACACCCAUGGGACCCCGAACGCAGGCACCGCCCGCCGCUGCCUCUCUAUAGCCCGCCGCCAUGCGCGAGGCCGUGGGCGUGCCGUGGACAGGGGCGACGCCCGUCCUGGAGGCGCGCGACUCCAGCAGGCCCUACCACUGUCCGUCGUACAAACUGCCCGAGUACGGCGUCAUCGAAAUCAGCCCCGGCAACACCAUCACCCUCACCACCAACGCCAUCUUCCGCCCGCAAUGCACCUCCGCCUCGCAGAGCGCCGACGGCGACGGCACCGGCCAGGUCCUCAGCGUCGCCGACAUCCGCGACCCCUUCCACGCCUCCAUCACCCCGCAGGCCUACGCGACCGGCGCCGCCACCGUUAUCGCCUGGAUGCUCGUCAUCAUGUUGAUCAUCACCCCGCGCACCUUCUUUGUCGGCAACGCCUCUGGACGCUCCGGCCUGAUGGGGCGCCGUGGUAUGAUUAGCGGCGCAACCGGCGGGGGGAGCAUCAUCGGCGUGGGCAGCCGCCCGUGGCUGCAGAAGGUCGCCGCCCUGACCGUCGCCAUCUCGCUGACCCUGGCCACGGCCGACACCUUCAAGAUCGCCGGCCGCCAGUACGCCGAGGGCUUCAUCGACGCCAUGGAGCUGCGCGACCAGGUCGUGUCGGGCAUGGAGAUCAAGGUGUCGCGCAUCAUCUCGGACGUGUUUCUGUGGCUGGCACAGGUGCAGACGCUGAUCCGCCUGUUCCCCCGCCACAAAGAGAAGGUCAUCAUCAAGUGGGUCGGAUUCGCCCUCAUCCUCCUCGACAUCACCUUCAGCUCGCUCAACAGCUUCGGCCCCUACGACAACAGCUCGCGCCCCGCCCACUUCGACACCGCCAUCCCCGCCCUCAGCUACCUCUUCCAGCUGUCGCUCAGCAUGCUGUACGCCGCCUGGGUCCUCUACUACGCCAUCACCAAGCGACGCUACGCCUUCUACCACUCCAUGAUGUGGAACAUGAGCGUCGUCGCCCUACUAUCAAUCAUCGCCAUUCUAACCCCUGUUGUGUUCUUCAUCACCGAUAUCGCCAACUACACCAUCGCCGGCUGGGGAGACUAUUUCCGUUGGGUCGGAGCAGCCGCUGCCAGUGUCAUUGUCUGGGAAUGGGUAGAGCGCAUUGAGGCGCUAGAAAGAGAAGAGAGAAAAGACGGCAUUCUAGGCAGGGAGGUGUACGACGGAGACGACAUGCUCGACGACACGCCAUCGACAUCCAGAACAUCCAAAUGGCCGUACUCAAAGCGGGAUUCUCAGAAUGAAAAGCAAGGAGGAGGCAGUGGUGGACUCGGCAAUUUCAGCCUCAGUGCUUUCGCCUCAGGGCAAAGCGGCCGCGUUGGCGAGCUUGCCCAGAGACUGGGACGGAAGAUGACCGAGUCGCCGCGGGCAGAAGCGCGCAAGAAGCGCACUAUCCACGUUCCUGCACCACCGCCAGUACACCGACGCUCCGAGUCCGCCCGUCGAGGCGAACGCAGCUCAAGCGCGUAUGUGCGUGUGCAAAGCCCAGUGCUUGCUCCGGCUGUCCCUGUAGUUGCUUCGCCAGUCAGCCGGACAGACACCACCAGCGCAGACUCGACAGUCUACACCGUGCGAUACCAUCCCAUCAACGAAACACCACCAAUUCAGCAACCCACGUCAUUCGAAGACAGGUUGACGCCAGAAGCAGCAAACGCACAACAGCCGUCCAAGCCCCAACCCAGGGAAAACACAACGCAACCCGCAAACACCAGCGAUCCCGAGAAGGGUGCUGCAGAGUCGGACACACCUGCCAGCAAUACCAGAUGGAACUGGCAGACCAUCCCAAACCCAUUCGCGAGGAGAGGACGUGCACCACCGCAAGAGCUGCAGAGGGGGCAGGUCAUCGAACCGCUCGCGGUCGACGAGGUGCACGCCAAUAUUCCGCCCCGCCAUUACAGCGGACUGGCUCUCUCGGACCGCCUUGGCACGUUCGCUGCACAGCAAGGCGAGAGGUUCAGGUCGAAGAAGCAGGCCAGCAAACACGACAUGAACUUGCCGGUGACCAUCAUCCCCGCGCAGCCACGUGGUCAGACCUGGUCUCCUGAUUUCCAUCAGCGGCAGCAGCAGCAGCAGCAGCAGCAGCAGCAGGAUGGGCAACAGGGUGAGGUGUCGGCGGUUGCUGGUAUCCAGAUCGCACGGAUACCCACGACGAUCGACGAGCAAUCCGACCUGCCUUCACCAGCACACUCUGACCAGACAGUCGGCUCGAGCGAAGUGGUGCAUCCUUCUACUUCUGCAAACUCGAAUCGCAUUGCGCGCAGACGCUACACCCCGCAGGCUGGCGGGCUCACCGCACAUCCCCCCGUUUCGCCGGCCAGCCUGGCAGAGGAGGUGCAAAGCCCCACACCGCUGCUGGACAACGCUGCUCCACAGGGAUCGGCAUCUCAGCAGCACACCAACCACGACGGGUAGCGUGGCGUGAGUGACGAUAUCCACUUCUUUGUUCAUAUUCUCGAUGCACUUCCAGCGUCGAUCUUGUAUACCCCAUGUUUUUCAACGGCGCACUGGCGGCACGGUGACACGACAGCAUUCGCAUAGGUUUGGCACAUUGGAUUCAAAAAGCCGGCGGCUACUGGGAACCCAUACGGAAGGGUUAGAUAUUCUUUGGAUACCCGCCGUUGUUUUGACACUCGGCUUCACACUUAGGUUCAGGAGCGAUGCGGCGCGCAAUUGUUGUGUUAGGAUGUCUCAGGCGAGCGAUGUGAGAUGGCACUAUUAUGUUACUAGCAAUGAAUCAGACGUUAAAUACUAGACCAGUUUGGUU